UUCUCGAGAGUGUACGCGAAAUCGACGGCGAUGCGUUCCACAAGGCACGCUCAGGAUAUAGAAGGUGUGAACAAUUUUGAUGUGUUUUUGGGCGGAUCGUGCAAUCCGACAACGUGGCGUAAAGAUUUGGCCAUACCGUAUCUCCAACAGGCCAGACUAACUUUUUACAAUCCGCAAGUCGACCAUUGGAGUGAAGAUCUCAUUGAAACCGAGCACGCAGCCAAGGAGAACGCGUCCAUUUUGUUAUACGUGAUUGACAGCCAGACCAGAAAUGUGGUCGGCGGCAUAGAAUCAGCAAGCCUCACUUGCGGUCACCGAAACAACCUGGUGUUGGUCAUCCAUCCACCUGACGCAGUGACCGGAUCAACAGUGGCCGGUGAACAAAUCUCUUCCAGAGAAGCAGACGACAUACGAGAAGCCCUAACGGUGCUGCAUGAAAUCGCUACUGACCAAGGGAUAUUGGUGUUCGACAAUAUACCGCUUGCCUUGCGUGGAAUAACCCAGAUUUUGAAACACGAAACCCAUCAGAGUAACAGUACUACCAAGAGCAACAUCACAUACGGAAAUAUACGCCAUGUGUUUAACAUGUUUGACACUAAAGUUUCCGGAAAAAUUAACUUUUUUGACGCGAUGGUGGCUCUUCGGUUACUGACUAAUCAAAAUACAUCCGAACGCGAGAUAAUGAAUCUUAAGUUCGAAGAUUGUAAAGCUGUUGGAACUAUACAUCAAGAAUAUUUUACGUUCGAUCAAUUUCAUCUUUUCUCUUCUAAAUAUUAUCUUCGACUACCGGAAGAACCCAAUCGAAAAUUCGACGGAUUCGAUAUCACCGAUAGAUCGUUGUGUCUGCCACGAGAAUGUACAAAUACGACUGGAUCUUCAAAAAUAGUAGAUAUUUAUCUGGUAGGUGAAAACGGUUAUGAUAUCAAAUGGACAAAAGACAUCGCAGUUCCUAUGAUUAAAAAAGCCAAUUUAACGUAUCACAUAGUAACGAAGAUGGAUUUAUCGUUUUUAUCGAAUGCGUGUACGAUGUUAUUUGUAAUCCCAAAUAAUUCAAGAUCGUUAGCAACCAUGACGCUGGCAGCAUAUUGUAUCGCUAAAAAUUGUAAAAUGGUUUUAUGUAUACAGCAUCUCAGCAAAAAUAAUAGUACUGUUCGUGGAGAAAAGUUAACGCAAACAGCGAUAAAUGAUUACAAUCGUGGUAGAAUGUACUUGGCAGAUUUUGCAUCUCGAGGAAAAGUGCCUGUUUCCGAAUCAAUCGCUGAAGCGGUCGAAAUCGUUUUACAAAAAUUGUAUAAUUAUUGUUUGUUAUUUCUAUCACAGUUAUUUAAUGAUGAAAAGGUGCUUGCAUUAAAUAAGCUUUGGAUUCCAAUGCCUGGUUAUAAUUUUCCUAAAACUGGAAAAAGAAACUUAAAAUUCCAUCUUGAUAAAAGUGUUGGAAGAGGCAACCAUCAAGUCUUAGGUAAAUUGGUUUUUAAAAAAAAUUUGAUAACUGGAAAAAAGCACUUGGAGUUAACGGAUUUUUUAAAACACAUGAAGCUUCAGAUUAUCAUGAAACUUGCCAAUACAAGUAUGAUGCUUUUUUUUGCUGUAAAAAAUAAUCAAGUUGAAUCAAUUGAAGUUCAGGUCAAUGAUAAUUUAAAGAAAGAAAUUCAGGAAAAUCAAAAUCGUAUUAUUCCUAUGAUAAAAACGGUAUUAUUUUGUGGAAAGCAGGGAAUUGCACUCAGAGGUCACAGAGAUAGAGGUAUAAUUGGUAUUGAAGAUGACAAAAUGCAUAAUUAUGACAAUUUUAGACAGUUAUUGAGAUUUAGAGUCGACGCUGGUGACAAAGAUCUUGAAAAUCAUUUGGUGCCAUGUGCUAAAAAUGCUGAUGAAACAAGUGAUAUAUCAAAGAAGGAAAAAUUAACUUUAUGUAUCAGAUAUGUUAAUUCUGGUGAAAAAGAAAUUGAGGGAAAAUUUGUACAGUUUGUUGAACCUGCAAUUAUAUCUUCUAUAGAAGAAAUUUCUUUUUGGACAGAUGUUGAUACAUCAUCAACAGCUAAUCAACUUUCAGCUUCAAUAAACCAAUCUAUGUUCCAAGUAUCAUUCAUAAUUUUAGUUAAAUUAUUUUCAAUAUCUGUGCGACUGAGUAGAUUUUUACUAACUGAAAGUUUAGAUUUAAAACAAGCUCUUUAUUUUGCCAAUGUUACUCAAAACGCAUUAAAAGAUAUUCGUGUGAAUGCUAUUAAAGAGUUUAGUAGAGUAUUUAAGUCUGUUGAAACAUAUUGUAAUAAAAUUGGAAUUGAUGUUUGUAUUCCCAGAAUAUCAGGUCGCCAAGCACAUAGAAGUAAUGUAGCCAUAAACAAUCCAGAAAGUGAUAUAAGUGAAUAUUCGAAAACUGCUGAAUUACAAUUAUGGCAAAAUAGUUUUAAGCAUCAGUCAGAAAUUAUUCAAACAAAAAAAAUUGUUACAGGUCUGUACUUUCAGUGCGAUCCUCAAACAUACCCAAUCAUUUCAAAAUUGCUGCAAAUAUUUAUUACUUUACCAGUAACCACAGCCACUGGAAAACGGUCGUUUUCAACAUUACGACGUAUUAAGACCUACUAA